AGCCUUAUUCCCAGCCGCGCGCCAGGAAUCGUUCAGUCGACCGAGGGACCUGCGGGCUGCGCGCGGCUGGCCAACCUAACCGAGACGCAAGGGCUUGGGCAGGCGGACUGACUGAACGAUCCGACAGACGCCCGGCGGCCGCCGGCUCCACGCAGGUCCCAGCCAGGCUUGCACCCAGAGGCCCGCAGCAGACCGUACCCGGUGGAAUCUCCUGCGCUCCGCCCGCCCGGGCUCCGGUGCCAGCGCCCCGUGGCCGCCGCCUCCAAAGUGAUUGCUGCCUCGCCGCCUCCGCCGGGUCCAGGACCAUGAAGCUUCUGCCGUCGGUGGUGCUGAAGCUCUUUCUGGCUGCAGUGCUUUCGGCGUUGGUGACUGGCGAGAGCCUGGAGCGGCUUCGGAGAGGACCGGCAGCUGGAACCAGCAAUCUGGACUCUCCCACUGAAUCUACAGACCAGCUGCUGCCCCUGGGAGGCAGCCGGGGCAGGGAAGCCCUGGACUUGGAAGAGACAGACCUGGACCUUUUCAGAGCUGCUUUCUCCUCCAAGCCACAGCCUCUGGCCACACCCAGCAAGGAGGAGCGUGGGAAAAAAAAGAAGAAAGGCAAGGGGUUAGGGAGGAAGAGAGACCCUUGUCUUCGGAAAUACAAGGACUUCUGCAUCCACGGAGAAUGCAAAUAUGUGAAGGAGCUCCGGGCUCCAUCCUGCAUCUGCCACCCAGGUUACCACGGAGAAAGGUGCCAUGGUCUGAGUCUCCCGGUGGAAAAUCGUUUAUAUACUUAUGACCAUACGACCAUCUUGGCUGUGGUGGCCGUGGUGCUGUCGUCUGUCUGUCUGCUUGUCAUCGUGGGGCUUCUUAUGUUUAGGUACCAUAGGAGAGGAGGUUAUGAUGUGGAAAAUGAAGAGAAAGUGAAGUUGGGCAUGACUACUUCCCACUGAGAGAGACCUGUGCUCAAGGAAUCUGCUGGGGACUGCUACCUCUGGGAAGACACAGCUGAUCGUAGACUCUGCAGAGGGAAAGAACGUCACAGCUAGUCAGGAAGAUUCCUUCAUCCCCAGUUGCUAUCUAGAUUGGGCCUCAUAAUUGCUUUGCCAAAAUGCCAGAGCCUUCAAGUGCCAAACUGAAUAUGUCAAAAUGGGAUUUUGGUCAGAAGAAAGCAAAAGUGAGAGACCUUCAUGCCCUUCUGAAUCUCCUCCACCAAACCCCACUUGUCCCCAUAAGUUUGUACACUUAACUUCUGGAUUGAGAUGCCAGUUAAAUUCCAUUUGCUCCAGGAUCUUUGACUGAUAGAAAAAAAAAAAAAAGAAGAAGAAGAAGAAGAAGGAGAGGAAGAAGGAAAGAUUUGUGGAUUGGAAGAAAGUAAUAAAGAUUGAGAAGCCAUGUACUCAAGUAGCCACCAAGGGAUCUGCCAUUUGGACCCUCUAGCGCUAGAUUUGAUGAGCUAACUGUGAAAUACCACAAGCCUGAGAACUCUGAAUUUUGGGACUUCUACCCAGAUGGAGAAAUAACAACUAUUUUUUGUUUGUUUGUUUGUAAAAUGCCUCUUAAAUUAUAUAUUUAUUUUAUUCUAUGUAUGUUAAUUUAUUUAGUUUUUAACAAUCUAACAAUAAUAUUUCAAGUGCCUAGUCUGUUACUUUGGCAAUCUCCUGGCCCUCCACCUUGUAUACCCCACCAUCUGGCUCAGCCUCACACCCCUCUGCCACAAAUCUGAGAUGGUUCUGUGACCCAUCUGUAGUCAUCUGUUAUCUGUCCACAUUUCCGAAGACCUUCUGCAAUCACAGUGCCACAGGGGGAGGUCUGUAGGUCAGGAUACAGGAGUUAACUUUGUCAGAUCCACUCUGUGAGUUGGACUGCAGUCUUGCCUAGGCGAUUUUGUCUACUGUUUGUGUUUUGAAAGUCCAAGGUGCUGAUGUCAAAGUGUAACAGAUACCGGUGUUUCCCUGUGUCCUCUCCCUGCCAAAUCUCUAAAGAGGUUGGGCUUCCAGCUUCCAGCUUUCCUGGCUCCUCACCACCCCCUGGCCCCAGGCCCACAGAGUGGGCACUCCCUCUUCCCUGUGUCAAGACAUUUCUCUUACUCCUGUCAUUCUUCUGGUGCUACUCCAUGCAGCGGUCAGUGCAGCAGGGGAUGAUCUAGAGAAGGUAUUAGCAAAGAAAAAGGCUGAGGAGGAACAGGAAACAUUGGAGCUGACUGUUGUUGUUAACUGAUAACCUACCAAUUGCUACAGAGUUUGGAGGUGAGGAGAGUUUUUGCGUAAAUCGACCCACCUCACCUAAACUGAAAGGUAUGCUGUCAUGAUCCCUUCUGGAAGUUUCUGGUGCCAUUUCUGAACUGUUACAACCUGUAUUUCCAAACCUGGUUCAUAUUUAUAUUUUGCAAUUCAAAUAAAGAUAACCGUUACUCCAUA